GCUGGAUGGAUGAAGUGGAAAGAAGCGAGUGGUGUGUUGUGUGACAGAAAAAUUCCAAUGAAGCUGAAGGGAAAAUUCUAUAAAACAGCCAUAAGACCAGCUAUGAUGUACGGAACUGAAUGUUGGGCAGUGAGAAAGAAAGAGGAACAGCGAAUGCACGUGGCGGAAAUGAGAAUGCUUAGAUGGAUGAGUGGAGUGACAAAGAAGGAUAAAAUUAGAAAUGAGUAUAUUAGGGAAAGUCUAGGUGUGGCACCAAUUGAUGCCAAAAUGAGAGAGCAUAGGUUAAAAUGGUUUGGUCAUGUUCAA